GUUUGUUUUUGUUUCAUAAUUCAAAUUUUGUCAAAUAUUACCAACAAAUUCAUUAAAUAUUCCAAUUUAUAUUUUCGAAUCAAGUUUAAUGUGAAACAUUCGCCAUUCAAAUUCAUCAAUUAUGCUAACAUUACACGAAGCUGUUAGAAAAAACGACCUUAAAAUAGUCAAAGAAUUCGUCGAAGUGCUGCAGCAGGAAGAAAUGUCCGUUAAUUUAGUGGACCAAAACGGUUAUACCCCUUUACACAUAGCUACUCUACACGGUUAUAAAGAAAUAGUAACAUUAUUGCUAGAGAAAGGCGCUAAUAUAAACCUAUCCAUAUCCGAUAACAUCGAAACUCCUUUAUCAUUAGCUAUUAAGAAAGGUUACGAGGACAUCGUAAAAUUGCUACUACACAAAGGAGCCGACAUUAAUCAAAGACUCCCAAAGGGCUACGCUCCUCUACACAGCGCUAUUAAAGCCAAGAACUUUAACAUUAUUAAAAUGUUAGUGGAGGAAGGGGCCGAUGUGAAUCUGAGGGAUGUAUCGCACGGAUAUUCCUCUCUACAUUUCGCUGUGAUAUUUUACAACGAAGAAAAACGACUGAAACGUCCAGUGGGUCACCAACUCCAAUCCAAACAAACCAAAGCUACUAUUAAAAACACACAAACUACAUUCGAUUUCUAUACCAAUGUUAUAGAAUUUUUGCUCUCCAAAGGAGCCGAUAUUAAUAUAACAAAUUGGGAUGAAGAAAUUCCCUUGCAUUGCGCCGCCAGGCAAAAUCAGAUACAAAUGAUUAAAUUUUUAAUGGAGAAAGGUGCAGAUAGUACGAUGGAAUCCUCCGACGGAGACGCCCCUGUAGAUCUUAUCACAGACGAUAAUUGCGUGUACGAAUUCAUCAAAUACAUCGCUUUACAUAAUCAAGCGCUCAAAAGAAAGAAUAAAUGCCAUUAUCAAGUGUGGUUGGAUUGUAAAUACGAAAUAGAAAAAAUGAAACGACGUACCAUCGGUAAUAGUAACGUAACGUGGUUGGAUUUCCUGCAACAAAACGACGAUAACCUUUUGGAAGCUUACUAUUGUAAUUACAUUAUAAGAAACCAUUUUGGUUCCGAUGAAUAUAAAGCUAUUUUUCCCAUAUACGAAACGAUGCUGGAGGAUCAAAUCGAAAGAUCGGAGAGGAGAUAUCUCUUAACGAAAGACAUUAUGACUCAUUUUUACCAGCAAUUGCCAAUCGAAGAUUGUUGGAGGAAAAUAUUGCAGUAUGUUAAUACGAACGAUUUGGAAAAAUUUGUAAAUGCUAUUUACAGGAGUGCCUAAUUAAUA